AAGAGAAGCCACUGAAAUGAGAAGCCUGUGCACCACAACGAAGAGUAGUCCCUACUCACUGCAACUAGAGAAAGCCCACGCACACCAAGGAAGACUCAACCCAACCAAAAGGAAGAAAAAAAAAAAUCCAUGGGUCUGGUGUGUAGGAGUAGAGAAAGCUAUGAAAAGUGAUGGAGGAAAAGGGGAGGAAUGGAAAGAUCCAUCCAGAGACAAAACACCCUGCUGGCUCUGCAAGAUGUUUGCUGCCUUCAAAACUCCUCUAAUUUUGGAGCCUGAAAGAAAACCAUCAGCCCCCUAAGGACCAGCAGAAUGAGUGACAAUACCACGUUGGCUCCUCCAGCUUCAAACCAGGGUCCCACCACCCCACGCAAAGGACCCCCCAAGUUCAAGCAGAGGCAGACUCGUCAGUUCAAGAGCAAGCCUCCUAAGAAAGGUGUGAAAGGGUUUGGAGAUGACAUUCCGGGUAUGGAGGGACUAGGAACAGAUAUCACGGUGAUUUGUCCUUGGGAGGCUUUCAGCCACUUGGAGUUGCACGAGCUCGCUCAGUUUGGGAUCAUCUGAGACACCAGAGGUUCUGCCACUCUCAACAGCAUCUGCUGUAACUUUGAUUACUUCUGCCCUAUUGAUCUGCC